AUGGCCGGGACCGACAGCACCCACUACUUCAGGCCAUCUGCACCUAUCCUGCACAACGAGGUCGAUGCUCGUAGUAAAGAUGGAGAACCGGCCAUCCUCGUAGCCAUUCGCCUUGACGCGCUCGAUUUGCUUCGCGAACUGUUGCAACGCGGAGUGAACCUCCUCUGUACCGACCAGCACCUACGCAACGCCGUCACCAUCGCCUGCAUUUAUUUGACUGUCGCCAUCUCACCCAAGUUGCGAUCGACACGAAUUGCACAGUGGGCCGUACGCCUCGCCUCGCCCGAGCUUGUACGCUAUCUCGUUCGCCUCGACAGCUUCCAGCUUCUUCGAAAAACUGCCAGGGGCUUUGGUGUCUUGCAUCUCAUGGUCAAGGAAGGCCGCACUGACGUUCGUUUUUUGGCCCCACGUUCAACCUCGUUGAUUGCCGCACUGCAGCACCACCUGACCAUGCACGCGCCCUGUGCUCUGCCCGAAUGGCUGAUAGUUGAUGAAGGUUUUGCAGUGUGA